UCUCUUUAUAAGAACCAACCCCUCAUUCCAACUCAAGCUGUAGUUAUACAAACUCCAACCUCAGUUUUGAAGUCAAACAACAUGUCCACCAAAACCCUAAACGGCUCAUGCCUCUGCGGCAAAAUCACAUACGCGGUCGAUCUACCAGCAUCCGAGCCAAACCCCAAGGUCGUAGUCUGCCACUGCAUCAGCUGCAAGAAAUACACCGGCUCAGCCUUCUCCUCCAACAUCAUGCUCUCGCCCUCUAUGCUCCGGUACACGAGCAGCACCAAGCCGAGCAUAUUCACCGACACUUCGGCAGACAGCGGGAACCCGCUCGCGCGCGCGCUCUGUAGCGAAUGCGGCUCGCAUUUCACGUCCUCGCCUAAGGAUGCGCCCUGGACGGCGUUGAAGUGGGGGACGCUGGAUGAUGAGUCCAGGGCGCAGUGUUCGGAGUUGGGAGGGGAGAUUUAUUGUAAGAGGAGGGACGGAUGGGUUGAUUCGUUGGCUGGAGAGCGGGAGGGGUUUUUAAAGGCUGAGGGGAUGAGCUAGAUAAUAAGAUAUAUAUGGGUGUUAGUUUCUGGCUGUGGUUUGAAAGCCCAUGCCUGCCUACUACGAUGACGGGGCUAUCAGUCUGCCUUGGGCUGUAAAGUACCUUUAGGUUACGUAUAAACAAAAGCAUACUAGGUACCAAAUCAGUCC